AUGGCCACCACUGCAAGUGCAUACUUGACGCCGGUGAACACAGUCGACAGAAAGAAUUUAAUAGUUUUGAUAAGAAAUAACAUUUUAGAUGAUUCCGUCGAGAUUGUAUCGGAUACGGACUUGAUGGACACAGAUUCUCCGAUUCGAAAGUCCAAAAGCCUUCAGCCAGUCUCCAAGAAAUUAUUCCACUCCCCAAUGUCGGACUACAGUCCAGAACAGAGUACGACAUCCCGGGACGAAGUAGACAAAAAGAGCGUGGAAGGCAAACAUUUAAACAGAACAAAAAGGGCGUGGAAAAGGAAACAAGUGCUAAUCCCGGACUCGAGUGAAAAAAUCAAAAGGGCGUAUGUGAAAGAGUGCGAUAGUGACGGCUAUAGCCCCGAACCAUGUGGCGGAAUGAGAAGACGAGUGUUGAUAAGUUUAUUUCAUAGUAAGGAAUAUUCAAUGGAUUAUGGAGACUAA